AUGUUACCAUUAGGUCGUACUAUACGACCUAUACUGAACCAGAAGUGCAUGUGGAGCUUGCAAUGGAAACCACAAUCUCUUAGAACCAUUAUAAUCACCCCCAAAAGCGAUCACUCUUCAUCAUUGCAUGCAUCAUCACCGUCAUCGGUUCCAGGCCCAGAACUGGCUAUCCCAAAGAUUUUGAAACCUAUAGCCCCAAGCGAUAGCUACAUCAGUUGUACUAUUUUUGAUGAGACAGGUAAAGUGAAAGAAAUCUCCAAAAAAUUCCCCAAGACGAAAUUCCUCACAGAGAAUGGAUUGUUCCCAAGAGAUUUACGUAAGAUUGAUACGUCUACUGUUGAUGUAGUUCCAACUAUAGCAGUUCGGCCAAAUUGCAUCUUGGUGAAUUUGUUAUAUAUCAAGUCGAUUAUAAAGAAGGAUAAAACUAUGAUAUUUGACACUUCGACCGUGUCCAGUGCUUCAAAACUGGGGCUGUUCAUGUACGACUUGGAAUCCAAACUGACCAACAAAAAUUCCAGUCAUGAGUUCUACGAGUUUAGAGCCAUUGAGAGUAUCCUAAUCAAUGUCAUGUCCUCUUUAGAGACCGAGUUAAAUCACCACGUAGACAAGUGUGGUACCAUCUUGUUGGAUUUAGAGAAUAAUGUUGAUAGGGUGAAAUUACGAGACCUACUGAUUAAUUCCAAAGCGUUGACAACAUUUUACCAGAAAGCUCUUCUAAUCAGAAACGUUUUAGAUGAGCUUCUAGAUAACGACGAUGACCUACUGGGAAUGUACCUAAGUGAUACCAACAAAACUAUAGAAAACACGGACGAAAUUGAAAUGCUUUUGGAGGCAUAUUAUAAGCAAUGUGAUGAGUUUGUCCAGCAGGCUGAAACUCUGAUCAAUGACAUCAAAUCAACAGAAGAAAUUGUCAACAUUAUUUUGGACGCUAACAGAAACUCGUUAAUGCUUUUUGAAUUGAAGGUUACAAUAUAUACACUGGGGUUCACGGUAGCUACUACUCUUCCUGCCUUUUAUGGAAUGAACUUGAAGAACUACAUCGAAGACAGCAAUUUUGGAUUCGGGGGCAUUUUCAUUCUAUCCGUAUUGGGAGCCAUGGUCAUUACCGUUCUGAAUUUCAAAAGGCUAAGAACUGUUCAAAGGUUGACAAUGAUGUUACCAAAUGGUCCUGAAUCGAGGCUAAUUCCUCAGCACACUUCAAAACCGCCCAGAUUUGGAAGAUUGAAAGGCUGGCUAACUCGUCAUAAGAAACCACUGUACGAUAAAGAUCCCAAACAGAGAGACAUGAUUUGGAGAUGGCUGGUCGAUAAGGGCAAGUAA